AUGAAUUUGCAGAGAAGCGAGAACAUGAAAAGCAGAGGGACGCUUGUCUUGGGUCUGCUCUCCUACUUUCGAUUCGCUUGCAACUUUAUCACAGAAACGGAGUAUCUGAUCGGGAAUAAGAAAUAUGUCGAGAGAGUAGAGCAACCGUGGUUCAGAGUCCCACACUCGGAUCCUCAAAGGAUUGACGAAAAGGACGUCGAGUGGUCUUCUUUUGGAAAGCACACAGUGCCCAAGAACGACAAUGGAGUACUACCAUACUGGACACUUCUCGAGGAAAAAUAUCUUCCUUGUCUGGAUAGAAGAUGUGUCUGCCCCUUCUUUAAUGGAAGCAUAAGCAAAGAUGACUGCACUUUACCAAGCGGGAAACUUCUGAGAAGAGCACUUCGUCAGGAAAUUCGAACUUUGACCGACUUUGAUAGGAGGCAGUUUGAAGACACUGUUAACUGGAUGAAAGUCAGUGGUAUAUACAACAGAAUCAGUCGAGUCCAUAAAUAUGCAGGAGUGCACGCCGGCCCCGCAUUCGAGCUGGUCAUCCGCCAUUUUUCGCCGAAUCCCAAUAUGGGUGUUCCAUAUUGGGAUAGCACACUUGAUUCUGAACUUCCUGAACCACUCGACUCAUUAAUAUUUACCGACAUCUUUUUUGGAAAAGUGAAUGAAGACGGAUUCGUUGUCUCUGGACCAUACGCGAACUGGACUACGAUGGAGGGUCGUCCGUGGAUAUUUCGUGGCUUCGGAUUGAACAAAGCUGGCGAAUUGCUGAAUAACGCUCGAAUCGACUGGAUUGUGAAUAAUCCUGAUAUCAACAUGGUUCUCGGUAGCAGUAGGCCGCUUACGAGUUGCCCUAUAAAAAACGCACUGGAUGCGAGGAUGCUAGAAUAUUCUCAUGACUACGUCCAUUUCUUUAUCGAUGGCGACAUGGGAAAACAGCAUUCAUCGUCGAACGAUAUCAUCUUCCUAUUCCAUCACUCAAUGAUCGACCUCAUCUUUGAAUCGUGGCGACGAAAUAUGCAGGUAGUACUUGGUGAGAACAUGGAUAGUCGAACUGAGCGUGAGAGAGAUUAUCCCGCUAGCAACGAGAAAUGUUUCCCACCAUGGCACAACAUCGACAGCGUUAUGCCCAUGUUGCAUCCGUUGACGAAUGGAGAAGCGUUGUCGAAUGCCUACACGGACGAGUUGUACGAAUUCGCUCCACGUCCAAUUUGUAAUCGUACGCAUCCAGAGUGCGGAUCAAAAUACCUCUUCUGUCACGUGCCAGAAAAGAGCGAAUCACAUUGUAUGGCGAAAGUUCGUCUCGGCGGAAAAUGCUCCGGAUUCGAAGGCACGAGAAUUUGCUACGUUGGCGAGUGUGUUCGAGGAAAGUGUGAGAACCACACCACCUUGCAAAAACUGCAUAAACAAAGCGACAACAUUUGGACGAUGUGA